AUGGGCUCAUACCUGGGGAAAGACUCAGUUACAGGAUGUGGGGAUAGUAGAACCAGUGAGGAGGUGGGAGCCAGCAUGAUUCAGAGGCCCGAGGAUGUCCAGGGACUGGAUGGCAGUCCUGGAGGAGUGGAGCAAGAAGUGGAACGGAUAGUGAAAGCCAAUGACCGUGAAUAUAAUGAAAAGUUCCAGUAUGCAGACAAUCGUAUCCACACAUCGAAGUACAACAUUCUCACCUUCUUGCCAAUUAAUUUAUUUGAACAGUUCCAAAGAGUGGCAAAUGCCUAUUUCCUUUUCCUUCUGAUUUUACAGCUAAUUCCAGAAAUCUCCUCCUUGACCUGGUUUACCACCAUUGUGCCUUUGGUCCUGGUGAUAACCAUGACAGCAGUCAAAGAUGCCACAGAUGAUUAUUUUCGCCAUAAGAGUGAUAAUCAAGUGAAUAAUCGGCAGUCUGAAGUGCUCAUCAACAGCAAACUACAGAAAGAAAAAUGGAUGAAUGUCAAAGUGGGAGACAUCAUUAAAUUAGAAAAUAACCAAUUUGUUGCUGCUGAUUUGCUUCUCCUAUCAAGUAGUGAGCCACACGGUCUCUGUUAUAUUGAAACUGCUGAGCUUGAUGGGUAA